UUAGUACCACAAUGGCCACAUGGGGAGUGCGAAGGAGGCUGCGAAUCCCAAACCAAACAGCGAGGACGAGAGCACAGCAGCAGCCCCAAGUGCUGCGGGCCCCACGAUCAGCACAGGCGUUGGGCAGCAGCAGCACAGCUGGGGGCUCCGAGCCGCACGGCUGAGCCGCACCGCCUGCUGUCCAGCAGUGCUGACUUCCUCCGCCCCGACUGCAAACAAUGCGAGCUGGGAGAGGCGCAGGCCUCAGCACUUCUGAGCACCAAACGCUGAGUUCAGCUGGGCACAGCCCCGUGGCCGUGUAACCCUUCGCUCGCCGGAUGGAGCGCGUUCCCCUGUGCGGAGCAGCGCCUUCGGGCGGCAGUGCGCUGCACAGAGCAGGAGCUGCGCUGCAGGUUCCCUUCUAGAGCACAAAGUGAGAAGCAGGGAGGCUUCAUUUUGAACCUGCCACGGAAUGGUCAACUUCUGCGCACUCCCCAAAGGAAACGGGAAUGGUGGAAGAGAUUGUUAACCCUUCUGUUGUUUUCCAUGUGGCACAGGAUUAGCAGUGGGGCUCUCCCCAGAGCCGGCGCCCCACCAGCGUGCCGGGCGGAUUAUGGCAGGGCAGUGUGCUGACCUCUGCUCUGCUGGGAAACAGAGGCUCCUGAGAUGAUAAGUGGCUCUGGGAAGAAAUUCCUUUCCCCAUGUGAGGGAGUGGCGGCGCUGGGCACACUCACGGGCACGUCUGCACCUCUGCACACACGGGGACCUGACGUGGAGAGGUGGGAGCUGAGGUUCUGUGAGGAGGACACGGUGUGGGGCCCUGCAGAUCAGGGGCUGUGUUGACCUUUCCCAGGGAUGCUUUGCACACCUCUGCCACGUGUAGCACACUGAGGCCACCCAGCGGGUCCUACUGUUGUAGCCUGGGGAGGGUCAGAGCGUGUGAGCAAAGAGAGAGCCAGAAUCCACCACGGGCAGCCCAGAGAGUGCGCAGCCAUCUGAUCAGUCCUCCUGGGUUCAUGCUGGGGUUCAGACAGCUCUGCUGAUCCACAGACCAGACCUGCCAGCCCUGAGCGAGCCGGCUCUUUGUGUUGCGGAGACGGGCGGCUCGCUGGGCCAUAGCUCUGCCCAUGAACUGAAGGCAAUGCAGGAGUGGAUGGAGGGCACUGGAGGAGCUGCAGGUGGUGCCAGCAGCACAGCAGCAGCCUGCCGGCUUGGGGCUGGUGGCGAUGCUGGACACAUGGGCUGCUGCUUGGGGGCCCCUUGGCACCAGGACCUGGCCCUGGGGUGUACAGCUGAGGAGUGUGAGUCCUGCUGUCCCUGCUCGCCCUUGCUCCUGCCACACUGGGACCGCCUGCAGCACAGAGCAGCCGAGCGCCAGGGACGAUGGUGGUGGGAGAAGACCAUGGCAUCAGGCAAGGCAGGAGCGUCAGAGCCAAGCAGCCCAGCUGAGGCAGCAGAAGGCUCCCCAGAGCCCUCCUCAGUGCUGCUGGCAGCUGGGGAGGGCUUUCCGCCAGAGAUCUCACUCUUCUUCUCCAUUGAGAGCCGCUCCUCACGGUGCCCCAAUGCCCAGCUGCAGGAAGCAGCCAGAAGGAAGCUGUGGGCCUUGGAGAGUGACGACAGACAUGUCUGUGCUCUGUUCAAGGAGCUAUCAGCCAGGCUGCUGUGCAUACAGGCACAGGAAGAUCGGUUCCUUCUCACCUUCAAAACCCUGGAAGAAGUCUGGAAGUUUUCCACAUAUUUAACUUUAGGCUAUGUAGGCCGCUGCUUGGAGCAGCUUCUCUUUGAGCAGGAGUACUGGCUGAACUGUGCACUUGUGGAGGACACGGAGAUCAGAGUGUCCAUGGAUGAAAAUCGCUUGGCCACCAUAUAUCUGGGUCUGCUGCUCCAGGAAGGUCACUUUUUUUCCAGAGCAGUGCCUGGUGCAUGCCAGCCAGAAAGGGAGGGAGAGGAAGGCCUGAAGUUCUGCAGGAAUGAGCUGGUCCAUGUGAAGAACAUUGGAGAGGAUUCCAAAUGGGAAGGGAUGUCCUUGCUGACAGGCCAACGAAGCCUGGUGCCUGUGACUGCCCUAGAGCCAGUACCUCACCCAUUCUACCAGUGGUUCCUGAGGAAUUACGCCAUGAGUUUUGGCAUCUCCAAGGAGAUCAGUGAGUCAACCUCUCAGCCGAUUGUCAAAGGCAAGUGCACAGCCACAGUGGAUCACAGAGGAGCAGCAUGGGAUGAACUGAGUUUCUCCAAGGGAGACAGCAUAGAAGUCAUUGGCUUCCUCCUCCCAGGACUCCCGUGGUUUGUGGGCAGAUCUUUAAGCAGUGGGAACAUCGGCUUUGUCCCAGUGCAAUCCGUAAAUGCUGAGGCUUGUGAAUCUCUAGAAAAGGGAUUGGUGUUUCUGAGCGAAGAAGAAAACUUGCCUCUCCUGCGCAUCCCCUGCAACGGUGGUGAGCAGCACUUUGCCACCCUCCUCGGAGAGCUGGCACGCACUGACAUCACUUCUGUGUACCGCCUGGAUGGUUUUGAACCCACAGCCAUGUUCCCGAAAGCGCCAUCAGAGGCUGUUCUCCAUGGCUGUAAGGACACCCAGUUGCUCCAGUCCUGGGAGGAGAUAAACAGCUUGGUCACAGCUAGCACCUCGGAGCAGUCCAGCCCAGGGAGUGAGUCAGCCCCUGCUACAUGGGAAGAUGUUCUCCUGGACAAGCUGAAUGAUUUUGAUGAUCCCAAGUUCUUCAUUGACCUGAAUGCUGGACACAUGGAAGAUGCUGAUGUCUUUGAACCCAUUCUGACCUUCCUUAACCAAGACAGUUACAUGCUCUGUUAUCAAAGCCUCUAUGACCUCAGUUUCUCCUUUCUCAACUCCACUUUUUAUGGUUUCUCUGAUGAGGAUGAACUGGUCUUGUACCUUGAGACAUCCAGGAACUGGGCCAAGAGGACUCAUUCAGUUUGGGCCCAUGUCAGGCUCUGUUUCCUCUUGGGUAAGCUCUGUAUGAAAAAAGUCAAGUUCUCCCAGGCUCGAGUCUAUUUUGAGGAAGCCAUGAGCACCCUGGGCAGGGGCCUUGGGGACCUGCCCCUGCUGGCUGCCUUGCACGUGAACCUUGCUUCCAUCUACCUGAAACAGAACAUGAAGAGCAAGUUCUUCUCCUUGCUGGGAAAAAUGGUGGCCUUGCUUGUCUGCUUGCCCGGCCGCUCCUUCAGCUCUGAGCACGAGCUGAGGGUCAUGAUGUACGUUCUGAGGGAGGCCAUUGCUGUGGGGAACACUCCUCUGGAAGCACGGGUCUGCUUCCUUAUUGUCAAGCUCUUCCUCCAGCUGGGAAAAAAUGAUGAAGUACUGCCCUUUAUUGAGCACCUUCAAUGUCUCUGCACCACUUCACUCAGCCUGGACGCUAGUGCUGUGCCGCUGGAUGCCACCCCCAUCCUGAGCUAUCUGUAUGACAAGAAGUACUUGCCAAACAUUGCACUGGCAUCUGCCAGGUCUUUUGUUCCCAGUGGCAUCAAAGGGGCACCAACGCCCAUUUGGAAAGCUGGCUUCAUCCUCCAGAAUGUGUCCAAGCUCCUGGGAAGCCAGCUGGAGAGGAGCAGCAUCCCAGCCUUGGUGUGUUCCUACCUCAAGCAAGCACUGCACUUCUCCUGUGAGAGCAGAGCAGUGACCACCCAGAGGACUCUGUGCACUGUUUUGUCCCGGAUGUACCUCCAGCACGGUGUGCUGGACGGGGCGGUGUGCUAUGCAGCCCAGGCUGUGGUCUUCAGCAGGCUGAUAGGUGAGGAGGAGGCUUUUGAGUCCUCCCUCUCUUUGGGGUGGAUGUACCUUCUGAGCAGCCAACCAGGCCCGGCCGCAGACAUCAUGGGGCAGCUCCUACAUUCCCUGCAUGGGACAGACAGUGUGACUCAAGGUGGAGCGGUGCACAACCUCCUCGCCAUUGCCCUCAGAGGAGCAGGGCAGGUGCAGGAGGCCACAGAGAACUACAUCCGGGCACUGCACAAAGCCAAGGAGACCGGGAACAAGAGGAAUCAGGCUAUCGCCCUGGCCAACCUGGGGCAGCUGAGCCAGUCGUGUGGGGCGAGUCAGCUGUCUGAGCUCUACCUGCUGCAGGCUGCCCAGCUGUAUGCUGAGCUGCAGGGCAGCGAGGAGCUGGAACUGGAGUCGGUGCAUGUGCUGCUGUGGCUGGCACAGGCCAUGGUCAGCAGGCGGAGGAUGGAAGAUGGCAAACUCUGUUAUGAACUUGCGCUGGUUUUUGCCCUGAAGUGGCACAACAUGAGGAGUCAGCUUCAUGUCACUGAGGCACUCUGCCAUUUCUACAGCCAAGUGUGCCCCAGCCUCCAGGCCUGCAUUACCUACCACGAGCACCGGGUCUCCUUGGCACAGAAACUCCAGGACAGAGAGCUAGAAGGCAAUGUCCAGCAGACCCUCAGCCAACUCUAUCAGGCUUUGGGCACCCCUGAGGCUUUGAGACAGUCGCUGGACUGCACCAAACAGAGUCUGAGGAUCUUCAUUGACCUUGAGGAGACAGGCAAGGCAGCAGAGGCCUGGCUGCAGGCAGGAAGGCUGUACUAUCUCAUGCAGGAAGACGAGCUGGUGGAAAUGUACUUUCAGGCAGCUAUUGAGACUGCUCUGAAAGCUGAGAACUUCUCCUUGGCCAUGGAUCUCUAUGAAAAAGCAGGCGAUAACUUUUUUAAUGGCAGCCGGCACAGAGAUCGAGCAGUGGAGUUUUACAGGGGUGGUGCAGUGCCCUUGGCCAGGAAGCUGCAGGCCAUUGAGACAGAGCUGCGGCUCUUCAAUAAGCUGACGGAGCUGCAGAUCGGGCUGCAGGGCUAUGAGAAGGCGCUGGAGUUUGCCACGCUGGCAGCCAGGCUGAGCAUCAGGGUGGGAGAUCAAUUGCAAGAGCUGGUUGCAUUCCACCGCCUGGCUACAGUCUACUAUUUUCUGCAGAUGUAUGAGAUGGCUGAAGAUUGCUACCUGAAGACACUCGCCCUGCACCCCCCCAUGCUGCAGUGCUCUGGAGAAGCCCUGUACUACUGCAAGGUGUAUUGCCACCUUGGCAACCUGACCCUGCACAAGCUGAAGGAUGAACAGGACGCAGAAGCCUACUUCCUCCUGGCCCUUGCUGCAGCCAUUGAGCUGGGAGAUGUGGAGUUGCAGGGCCUCAUUGGUGCCAAGCUGGCCAACAUCUCCAGAGCCCUGCAGCGACCCGUGGACGUGCCAGGCUGUGCCACGUACCGGGCCAGGUGGCUGAGUGAAGGAGGCCACGUUGUCUGAUCAAAUGGACAUGUCACCAUGAGAUGCUCAUGAUCCACAUGUUCUCCAGAUGCAGCAAUCAGCAGAGGUCCUGCCACCAGCAGCGUUUUGGUUUCUUGUGCCCAUCACAUGAGGGACUUGAGGCCCUGCCCACAUUUAUGUGUGCAUGGCACUGCAGGCAGAGCGGGGCAGGAUGAGGCCCCAGCAGCUGGUGCUGGAGCAGGAGUGCAGCUGUGUGCGGUGGGGAUGAUAACAAGGUGCUGCCCGUCCCCACCUGGGACUCUGACCCGAGUGUGUAUUAACUGGAAUAGUAGCUCUUUAUUUA